AUGCGCCUUGGCGAGCUCAUUCCAAUGUGGUCCAUCGACUCGCGUGUUAUCCUCAGCAAAGAUGGCGCCAAGUGUAGUGCGUCCUUUAUAUUCAUUCCAUUUUUGCCUUCCUUCUUCGCCUGUUCCCAGCUUGCUGAUGUGCAGUCUGUGAAAUCGUCGACUAGUUCUUCCGUGAUUUCUUCGAAUGAGCCCCAUGAGACUGCUGAUCCUGAUCCUGUUUCUGAUGAUCUUGAGGACCUCGAUCCGGAGCCUGAUCCAGAACCUGAGCCUCCUGAGCCUCCUGGUCCCCCUGGUCUGGAGCCCGAUGUCUCAGCCUCUGUUUCCUCGUUGGAUCGACGUCUCUUGACGGAUGGCCCGCCCACCUCUAUUCCCUCGGAGGCGCCACGCUUCUUCCAGGGUGAUGGAAACCCGCUUGCAGAUUCGCCCCUGUUUUCGCCCUCUUUCGGGGAGCCACUCCCAUCUCCGCCACCGAAAGCUUCCGUGGGGUGGCUGUACGAUGGCCGCGAAGGGAACUUUGUUUUGGCUCCGUCGACUUCGCCUGGGGAGUCGGUGCUUGGCCCUAUCAUCUAUUCCUGCUGGACCCUGCUCGACCUCUUCGAUCUGUUCAGCUGGUUCUUCCUGGGGGGCCUCUCCCUCUUCCUCCUGAUGUACUGA